AUGACCAGGCCUCCACCUCUGCUGGCGUCCUGGAACACUCGCGGGUUUAAUAGCCCGGACAAAGCCGUUAGCUGCAAGAACCUGUGCUUUGAACUCUUGAUUCGGACUUAUUUGGGCUCGGAUUGGGUCGAUCUUGGUGUUUUUGGGCAUGGAGUCAUGAGCUUUAUAUUCUAUGAUGCAGUAGAGAAGAAGAUUGUCAUAUGCAGGGAUUUUAUUUUUGAUGAGACUAGCAUGUUGAAGUCUCGUGACUCUAAAAUCUGGAUCAAAUGGAAUCCAGAUUGCGUCAAUUUUGAGCCUUUCUUCUUUUCCAAACAAAUGAUCUCUGGCAAAUUAUCUGGCUACUCUCACGACACUGUCAUUCUAUCCAUUGUUUAUGUUUCUAAUUCUCAGGAUGAGAGAAUCUCCUUAUGGGAGGAGGUGAGAAGGAUUAAUCCUUCUAAUAAUCUUCCAUGGAUUGUUGCGGGAGAUUUUAACUGUUGUCGCUUUGUUACUGAAAAGGCUGGGGGAAAUCCUCUUACGGCUGACAGAAUGGGUCAUUUUAACUCUAUGAUCUUUGACACGGCUCUCACUGACCUUACCUUCAUGGGUAUUUUCUUCACCUGGAACAACCAAAGAAGUGAUAAUCCAAUUAGCAUUAAGCUCGAUAAAGCCCUGGUUAAUGAAAAAUGGAUUGCUACUUUUCCUAGCUCUUACUAUAAGGUGCUGAGUGCUUCUAUCUCUGACCAUUCACCUCUUAUCAUUUAUCCUGGAGAGCAUAUUAAGAAAAUCCAUAGAUUUUUGUUCAAAAAUCAUUGGACCAGAAAGCAAACUGGAAUUCUUCUAACUCUAUCAGUAGUUCGAUUGAUUCACUUACUCAGCAGCAACUGGACUGUCAAGCAAUCCUUGAUAUUGAUCCUCUCAAUUAAUCCGGAGCUUAGGAAUAAUCUUAAGAUCAUAAACUCUAAGCUCACGUUUUACAAUUCUAUUUGGACCUCUUGGGUUAAACAAAGAUCUAAAGUCAAAUGGCUCAAAAAUGGGGAAGAGGAUUUAAAAUUUCUCUAUUCUAGGAUCCAUAGAAGGAAAGCAGCAAGCACUAGCUCUUUUGAGAAUGCUCUUUUUGGGCAUUCAGGUGAUCGUAAUAGCAAAAUUCAUGAGAUUAUUGAUCAUUUCAAGGUAUUACUAAAUCAUAAUAAUAAAGCUUCUGCGGAUGUCAGCAACUUUCCUAUUGGGACUUGUAUUCCGAUUCAUCUUACUGAAGCUCUGAUCAAACCUGUUACCUUAGAGGAAGUUAAAAAUGUUGUCUUUGCUGGGCAUUCGGAUUCUGCGCCUGGGCCUGAUGGCUUUAAUUUUGAUUUCUAUAAAAAGUGUUGGCACAUCAUUGGCAAUGAUGUUUUCAGAGCUGUGCAAUCAUUCUUCGUGAAAAAUUAUUUACCUGUUGGUGUCAAGGCUACGGCUCUGGUCUUGAUUCCUAAAAACAAACAUGCUUGUAGUAUUGAUGAUUUUAGGCCUAUUGCCUUGUGUAACGUAUUUUAUAAAAUCAUAGCUAAGAUUCUUGCAGAUAGAUUGAAAUUGGUUAUGCCUUUUAUCAUUCAUAACAGCCAAGCUGCCUUUAUAUCUGAUAGAUUGGCUACUGAUAAUACCAUUUUAGCUGAUGAAAUUAUGAAGAUGUUUAAUAAUACUAGAAGGGAUUACUUUUGUGCUAAAUUUGAUAUCAAGAAGGCUUUCGACACUGUCUCUAGAGAUUUUCUUAUUUCUAGAAUGACACAGAAAGGCUUUCCUAGGGAGUUUACUAACUGGAUAAAGACUUGUAUCACAAAUGUAAAUUUUUCCAUCUGCUUGAAUGGAUCGCUGGAAGGUUUUUUCUCUUCUUCUACUGGUUUAAGGCAGGGUUGUCCUCUCAGCCCCUAUCUGUUCUGUAUCGUAAUGGAUAGCCUGUCUUGUUUGAUUGAUGAACAUGCUAACAUGAGAAAUUUCAGGGGUAUUUCAGUGGGAGACUUUAAAAUUUUGCAUCUUUUAUACGCUGAUGACUUAAUUGUCUUUGGAGAAGCUAAUAACACUAACUGCUCUAUUCUUACUUAUUGCUUGGCUUAUAUUUCUGCUUGCUCUGGUCUGUAUACGAAUAGCCAAAAAAGCUAUGUCUCCUUUUCUCAGCAUACGACCAACAUAUUAGAUUUGGCUUGCAUUUUGAAUAUCCCCAACAUUACUAAUAAGUUUAACUAUCUUGGGAUCCCCAUCUCUACGGGGAAGAUCAAAGCCUCUGAUUUCAAUCCUCUUCUGGAAAAAAUAACUUUUCUUCUUUCUGGAUGGAAAGCUAGCUCUCUAUCAAUUGCGGGAAGAAUGCAGUAUAUCAAGUAUACUAUUUCUAAUACAGUUGCGUAUUGGGUUAGAGCAAUUUUUGUUCCUAAUCAUAUUAUUAAAAGCAUUAAUAAAGCUUGUGCCAGAUUUCUUUAUUUUGGAAGCCAAACAGGGAAAAGUAUGCAUCUUAUUUCAUGGGAUAAUACUUGUAAACCUUAUAGAAAUGGCGGGCUUAGUAUUACAUCUUUAGAAGCUAUGAGGUAUGCUUAUAAUUGCUCUACCAUUAGUAGAAUGUAUAAUGUUGCAAACCCUUUAUCGAAAUAUCUGUUAGCUCGUUAUAAUUCUCCUUGGAAAAGUAACACUAAGCAGAAGACUAGAUUUUGGAAAGGCAUAUGUAAGUCGGCUGAGAGGGCUAAAACCUUUUUCUUGUUCUCUCCUCACCAAUCUAGCAAGGCUUCGAUCAAGUGGGAUCACUGGUGCAUGGGAGAAAGUUUGAUUUGCAAAUUCCCUGAGCUCUCCCCUCUUAAUUUUUGCAAGGACGGUGAAACCAUUGAUAACUGGAUUAUUAAUGAUAAAUGGUGUAUUCCAGAUUCUCUAAGGGAGGAGAUCAGGAAUUUUAUUAGUAAAAUUCCUUUGGGCUUGAAUAAUGAUCUUAGUAUUACCUGGAAAGGAAAUAUUAAGCACUCGUAUAAGGAUUACUACUUGAAUUUUUUUGAAAACCAAGAAGUUGUUGACUGGUCACAACUGGUGUGGCAUAAAAGGCACUCUCCCAGAUAUUCUAUUUUCACAUGGAUGGCUAUUCUUGAUAAGCUUAAAUCGGCUGAGGCUCUUGCCUGGAGAGGCAUUUGUAUUGAAAACCCAAAAUGCCAUUUCUGCCAGGAAAAGCAUGAAUCCACUAGGCACUUAUUUUUUGAAUGUGAUUAUUCAUACAACACUCUUAUCAGGCUUAUUCCUGCUCUUCAGAAUUUUUUGCUAAGGCCUAAUGUGUCUCAGGCUUUGGAUUUUAUUGGGGGGCUGCCGGGUUUUGGAGAUUCUGGGAUGCUUGGGAGCGCAAAGAAUGGAAGUUAUCCGGGGACACAGCUGCAGUCGCUGGAAUGUGUUCUGCUCCUCCUUGAACGUUCUCCGAAUUCCCUGGAGGAUCGUGGAGUCGGAUUUCCUUUUGUUUUUUCUGCCUUGAGCAGAAUGCUGUCUGUCAUUCUUUCUAGUUUCCUCAUUCUACCGCUCACCGCCGAUAAUCACCCCAAUCUGCGUUCCCAAGUUCUAAAGCUAUUCCGGGCAAACGGCUACACAUGGUUUCUUGAUGGCAGCACGCGCGGGCUCCUCCAAGCACGAUUCACUAGACGGAUUGGCAACGAAAAGGACCAUGCUCUUAACAACACCUGGCUGUCUCUAGAUCAAAAAUCCUUCGCUGCAGCUCUAUACUCUGUUAUUUUCGCCCCAGUUAUCCUCCCUAUACGUUUCUGUCCAUCAAUGCAGCGCUGA